AUGGACUACUUGAAAAUUGAUCCAAGAAUUCUUGAUCUCCAAGAAAUCAAAGAGCCAAGUUUAAUUGCUGGUGGAGGUGACACAGUCACAGUUAUGCUAGUAUGGACAGUAUCCUUGUUAUUGAACAACCGCCAUGUGUUAAAAAAGGUUCAACAGGAAUUAGACAUCCAUAUUGGAAAGGAAAGACGAGUAAAAGAAUCAGACAUUGACAAGCUAAUCUAUCUCCAAGCCAUUGUCAAAGAAACAUUACGGUUGUACCCUGCCGGAUUCUUAGGUAGCCCGAGAGAAUUCACCGAAGAUUGCAAACUGGCCGAUUACCAUAUUCCGAGAGGCACUAGGCUAAUCAUAAACUUGUGGAAGACACAUAGAGACCCUCAAGUAUGGUUUGACCCAUUGGAGUUUAGACCGGAGAGAUUCCUUACAACUCAUAAAGAUUUCGAUGUUAAGGGUCAGAAUUUCGAAUUGAUCCCAUUUGGUGCCGGUAGAAGAAUUUGCCCUGGCAUAUCAUUUUCCCUUCACAUGUUACACUUAGUCUUGGCUAAUUUGUUGCAUGCAUUUGAGCUGUCAACUCCUUCUCAUGAAUCGGUCAAUAUGACUGUGAAUGCUGGAUUAACAAACAUGAAAGCCACUCCACUAGAUGUUCUUCUUUCUCCACGGUUAUCUCGUACUCUUUAUUAAGUACAAAAAAAUCUAUGAUCAUGGAUGUAUAGAGAAUAAUAGUAUAAAUAAUCUCACUAUUUUAUUAUGAGGAGUUCCAUGUGUAUAAAAAUUAAAAUAAAAGUCAU